AGGAGGCCGGGCCGGUGGGCGCUGGUGUCGCACGGCGGGACCCACGGAGCCCCGCGACCCGCCGAGCCUGGAGCCGGGCCGGGGCGGGGACACCGGCUCCAGCCCGGAGCAAACUUCGCCGUCUCGGCCGCCGCCGCCACCGCCGCCGCCGCCGCCGCCGCCGCCGGGCGGGGGGUGGCGGGGACCCCGUCCCGAGCCGGAGCAGGGGGCGUCCGCGGGCCCGCCCGGCCCGGCGCCCGGGUCUCCGCGCACCAUGCUGUCCAACUCGCAAGGCCAGGCCCCGGCGCUGCCGUUCCCGGCCCCGCCGCCGCCGCCGCCGCCGCCGCCGCCUCAGCCGCCUCAGCCGCCUCAGCCGCCGCAGCCUCAGACCCCCGCCCCGGCCCCGGCCCCGGCGCCGCCGCCGCCGCCGCCGCCCCCGCCGCAGUUCCCCCAGUUCCACGUCAAGUCCAGCCUGCAGAUCAAGAAGAACGCCAUCAUCGACGACUACAAGGUCACCAGCCAGGUCCUGGGGCUGGGCAUCAACGGCAAAGUUCUGCAGAUCUUCAACAAGAGGACGCAGGAGAAAUUCGCCCUCAAAAUGCUCCAGGACUGCCCCAAGGCUCGCAGGGAGGUGGAGCUGCACUGGCGGGCCUCCCAGUGCCCUCACAUCGUGCGCAUCGUGGAUGUUUAUGAGAAUCUCUAUGCGGGGAGGAAGUGCCUGCUGAUCGUCAUGGAGUGUCUGGAUGGCGGAGAACUCUUCAGCCGAAUCCAGGACCGGGGAGACCAAGCGUUCACAGAAAGAGAAGCGUCAGAAAUCAUGAAAAGCAUUGGCGAGGCCAUCCAGUAUUUGCACUCGAUCAACAUUGCUCACCGGGACGUCAAGCCUGAGAAUCUCCUAUACACCUCCAAAAGGCCCAAUGCCAUUCUGAAACUCACCGACUUUGGUUUUGCCAAGGAGACCACGAGCCACAACUCCUUGACCACUCCUUGUUAUACGCCGUACUAUGUGGCUCCAGAAGUACUGGGCCCAGAGAAGUAUGACAAGUCAUGUGACAUGUGGUCCUUGGGUGUCAUCAUGUACAUCCUGCUGUGUGGGUACCCUCCCUUCUAUUCUAACCACGGCCUUGCCAUCUCUCCGGGCAUGAAGACUCGCAUCCGAAUGGGCCAGUAUGAAUUUCCCAACCCAGAAUGGUCAGAAGUAUCAGAAGAAGUGAAGAUGCUGAUCCGGAACCUGCUGAAAACAGAGCCUACGCAGAGAAUGACCAUCACCGAGUUCAUGAACCACCCCUGGAUCAUGCAGUCCACAAAGGUCCCUCAGACGCCACUGCACACCAGCCGGGUCCUGAAGGAAGACAAGGAGCGGUGGGAGGAUGUCAAGGAGGAGAUGACCAGUGCCUUGGCCACGAUGCGCGUGGACUAUGAGCAGAUCAAGAUCAAAAAGAUUGAGGAUGCGUCCAACCCUCUGCUUCUGAAGAGGAGGAAGAAAGCACGGGCGCUGGAGGCCGCAGCCCUGGCCCACUGAGCCGCCAUGCCCGCCUGCUCUACCGGAGGACAAGCAAUAACUCUCGACAGGAAUCUAUUUUUUCAACCAAGAGACACGGAUGGCCCACUUCUGCUUUCUCUGCUCCUCAGCUGCCUGGAGCCCCAGGAACUGUGUCGGCGGCCGCGUUUCACCUCUGGCUGUGGCCGCCCGGACAGGGAAGGUUGGGAGGCUGCGGAGGAGGGGCAAGGUGCUCUCAAACCUGUGCUCGUUUUGCAGUUUUAUCAGUCAUCUGACGUAGAAUUUUUAUGGAAUCUCUUUUAUUGUCUUUCCCCUCACUCCUUUCUCCCGUGCCCCUUCCCCUUCUGGGGACUGCCAAGGUUUGGGGCUUGUCCGACAGAGGGCAUUGUGGGAAGAGAUUACAGGGAGUGUCCGGGUUGUCCCCUCUGCCCUCCCUGUUCCCCCGGUACAAUCCGGGGCCCUCCUUGGAUCAGGUGUGGGGGAUGCCGGCCACUCCCUCUGCUGGGGUCCUCACCGAUGUGCCAGGCAGGUAGGAGUGAGUGUGAGCGUGUGUGCAUGUGUGCGUGUUCAGAUCUGCACUGGGGUUGUGCCUGUGAGGUUCCGCUCACCACCCCUCCCCCCCCCAACCUUUCCGAGCUGCCUAAGUGCCUGGGAAACCCGAGCAGGAGCCGGGCGGCCGCGGCCUGUGUGCUCACUGGGGAAGGGGCAGCGGGGUGUCUGGGCACCAGCACAGCCGUCAAGAAUACUGGAUCCCCCCUCCUCAUGCCCCCUCCCCCUCUCAGGAGCCCCUCUCCCUGGAAGUGUCAGUCCUAGAUCCCCUAGAGGGUGCAUCUAUGAAUGGCCUCCCUGCUUCCCCUCCCUGCCAUGAUUAACUUGUUCCUGUCGAUCUUUUGGGUUCCGUUUUUAGCCAUUUCUCAGUGGGCUGCCUCUCAGCUCAUGAGGGGGCGAGCCGGGGCGGUCUGCACUGCAAAGCCUUCGUGUCUCGCGCAUCUCUCCCGGCCCCUGGGCCUCGGCCAGCCUCCCCUUGUGUGGACAACAGCAGGACCAGUGCUGUGGUCCUUUAAAUUUCCACUGCGUGGCUUGGUGGGCAGGGGCAGUCUUCGCACCAAAGAUGUCCCGACUCUGCCCCCUGUCCGCUAGCCACCUCCCCCGCCCCCCCCCCCCCCCAACCACUCAGCCUGUGAAGCGGGGAGGAGCUCCCAGUACUGAGGAGGAGCAGGUAGGGCAAGUCCUUCAUCCAUGGUCCUCCAUUCCCUUCCCUUUGGAGGAGGGGUGGCUCCCUCAGGGGUUGGUGGUGGAGGGGUACCCGGGUUCCUUUGGCCUGGGGGCAGGGCCCGGGUGUCUACAGCCCCUCCCUCAUCUAUGAUGGUGUGUCCAGCACUCAGACUGUUGUAAACUGUUGUUUUGUAUGAGCGAAAUUGUCUUUACUAAACAGAUUUAAUAGUUG